AUGGAUACUGCUUCGAGAGCUAAUGGAAAGCCAUGUAAUAUCUAUCCCUACUUGAGAGAUUGGAUGAUAGAAGCAGGGUUUGAGGACGUGCAACAGUUUGUCUACUUUCUCCCUUACUCGCCAUGGCCUAGAGAUCUUUAUAUCAAGGAAAUCGGGAGAUAUCAGCUCGUCCAGGCACAACAAGCCGUUGAAGCGUACUCCAUGCGGCUUUUCACAGAUGUUCUAGGUUGGGGAGAAGAUGUGUCUAAGAUAUUCCCGGCUCAGGCUAAACAUCAGCUUCUUGAUAAGAACAUGCAUGCUUAUGUGAAGGAGUAA